GUGGGGCAUCCUUUUCAAGUGUCUUACUACUCGAGCAGUUCACCUGGAUCUGCUGGUAAACAUGGAUGUUGACUCCUUCUUGAUGUCACUCAGACGGUUCAUAGCCCGUAGAGGGAAGCCGUUUGAACUCCUUUCAGACCAGGGUACCAACUUUCGAGGUGCAAGUAAGGAACUACAAGAAGCAUUCACUGCCCUCACACCAGAUCUUAGACAGCAACUGGCGGCAGAACAGAUCCGAUUCUCUUUCAAUCCCCCUAGUGCUCCACACUUUGGUGGGUCUUGGGAGAGAGAGGUGCGAUCUGUGAAAACCGCCCUGCGCACCACGUUGGGAGCGCAGAUAGUGUCAGAGGAAGUGCUGAGGACUGUCCUGCUUGAGGUGGAGAGUAUACUCAACUCCAGGCCUUUGGGUUAUGUUUCUUCAGACAUCGCAGACCCAGAUCCCAUCACGCCCUACUCUUUGUUGAUGGGGCGGCCAGAUUGCUCUCUACCCCAAGUGUUCUAUCCAGAAUCCGAGCUGCUCAGUCGUAAGAGGUGGAGACACACUCAAGUCCUGGCUGACCAAUUCUGGAAGCACUUCAUACGGCAUUUUAUGCCCACCUUGCAACCACGGCAGAAAUGGCACAAGGAAACAGACAACAUUGCAGUUGGAUCUGUGGUUCUCAUUGUUGAUCAGCAGACCCCACGAGCGCUCUGGCAAAUAGGAACCGUGAAAACUAUCUUACCAGGGGCUGAUGAUCGUGUCAGAGCUGCAGUCGUUCAAGUAAAGGACCGAACUUACACUCGCCCAGUGGCACGGCUCAUCAGGUUGCCUGUUCUACCCCAGGAUUCUGCUUAGGUGCAGAGGACAUUCCACCAAGGUCAAAUUUGUACACCAAAUUUGGGGGCGGCUGUACAUAAGGGUUAGGUUUGUGUAUGGGAUUCCCUAUGCCCCCUGAAUGCACCAUGGGUGCGCAUGUCCGCAGCUUUAGUUCAGAGACAAACGGCAGCCGAACAACGGGCAGUGUGUGCGUUCAUAAGACCGUAAGUUAAUGUUUUACUUCACUCAGUUACGUUGGGGUUCAGCCAUGAGCGUAUUUGAUGACUUACCAGCAGUUUCUGCUUCUGUUUAAGUGAUGUUAUGUAUCAGUGGCAGUUCGCUAGCAUUACAGAUUUGUUCGCUAAUUAGCUGCUAGCAGGGAGAUUCGUUGUUAUCAUGUUGUUGAUUCUGUGCUCUGUGUAACAGAUGAUGAACCAAUGUAAAGUUGCCUUCAGUGCAUAGUUAAACCACACACACACACGCAAUACAAAGACUGAGAACUUUAUUCCUGGACUCUGCCUGUUUGUUCUUCCCACAUCUGAACAUUUGCAAGUGUUCUGACCCGACACUCUGAAGUGAUUGCUGCCAGCUCAGAUUUCUUUAACCCUUCUAAACAGAAGUAUAUGUUUAUUUUUAGUCUUUUUCUCAGCUGCCUUUUUGAUUUCUUUUACCUUCAGGAUUGAAAGGAUCUAGUUCAGGAGAGGGAGUCAGUGAGAAGCCCACUGCUGCUGAUUGGUCCUGGUUUGUACUUAUGACUGAGGUGCUGGGAGAGAGCUCUUCAACUAGGCCUCCUGUCCUAAUUGUUUCUAUCCCUGAGGACACUGCAGGGCCAAAAGAUCAGCCGGUUCUCCUUUUUUCUUGCG